GAGAACACAUCUUCGCGAGUUAUCGUCUGCCAAUAAUCGGUUCAUCGUCUUCAAAACAAAACACGACAAUUCAUUCUUAUAUUUUUAAAUACAAAUUUUUGGAAACUGAAACCAGAAAUAACAAUACCAACACAAAAUCAUCCUUUGUUAGCCAACUUUCCCAACACUUCAAUGAUCAAAGCCGAUUCAGAUUCCGAACGAACCAAACUGGAGAAGGAGAUCGCCGAGCUGCGGGCAACACUCAACAGGAAAGAGCAAUGUCUAAGGCAUCUAAACUCCACGGUAUCCGCUGCAAAGGCACAAAAUCAAGUCGGGCACUCCGUCCACACCAAGUUGACCAGAGACAAUAUAGCCCGAUAUAGCCGUCAACUCAUACUGCCGGACUUUGGGGUCGAAGGACAACUGAAGCUGAAGAACAGUUCUGUGCUGAUUGUGGGUCUUGGCGGGUUGGGAUGUCCGGCGGCACAGUAUCUUGCGGCUGCUGGUUGCGAAAACUUAGGACUCAUAGACUACGAUGAUGUAGAGCGGAGCAACCUUCACCGACAAAUUUUGCAUUCUGAGGCUCGGUGUGGUAUGUCUAAGGCGGAAUCGGCAAGAAUUGCCCUGCUGCAGCUAAAUCCAAACUGCGAGAUCCGUUGCCAUACGAGGCUACUAUGUAGUCAGAACGCAAUGCACAUCCUCCGUGGCUACGAUGUGGUCCUAGAUUGCAGUGACAAUUUGCCUACUCGUUAUCUACUUAGCGAUGCUUGCGUGAUGCUGAGAAAACCUCUCGUCUCCGGAAGUGCCCUGAAAAUGGAUGGUCAGCUCACUGUUUACAACUAUGGAAAUGGACCUUGUUACAGGUGUAUAUACCCAGUGCCUCCGCCGCCGGAAGCGGUUACAAAUUGUGGCGAUGGUGGAGUCAUGGGCGCUGUAACUGGCACGAUUGGCGCAAUGCAGGCUCUGGAGGCUAUCAAGGUUAUUGUGGGAAUGGGCGAUGUCCUUGCCGGUCGCCUGCUCAUCUUCGAUGGCAGCAGCAGCUUGUUCCGAAACAUUCGCAUCCGAAGCAAGCGACCAAACUGUCAUAUGUGCUCCGAUCAGCCGCUAAUUACCGAGUUAAUUGACUAUGAAAUGUUCUGUGGCAUGCAUGCCACCGACAAGAACAAUCCCUUGCAAUUGCUGGCGGCGGGUGAGCGCCUGUCCGUGGAGGAGUAUCGGGAGAAACUCCAAGCGCAACCCCAUCUGUUAAUCGAUGUAAGGCCAUCGGCCGAGUUUGAGAUUUGCCAACUGCCCAAGUCUGUGAAUGUGCCGUUGGUCGAGAUCCUGGGCGAUGGCUACUUGAAUCGAUUCACCAAGCAACUAGAGGACAAGGAGCUACCUAUUGUUAUGCUUUGCCGGCGUGGAAAUGACUCGCAGAUCGCCGUUCAGCAUGUGCGCAAUCGAUUCCCAAUGCACUUCGUUCGGGACCUAAUUGGCGGACUGCAAGCCUGGGCAAACAACGUAGAUCCCAGUUUUCCGAUAUACUAAAGUAACGAGUGUUAUUUUUAUAUGUUUAAUCAAAAACACCAAGCAUGUGGCAGGUAGAACAUACCCAACAAAAAAGUUAGUCAUGGGUUUUAAAAUAUGGGAAAACAAUGGUUUCAAUAUAUAAUUGUAGAGUAGUACUUCAGUGCUAUUUGAGUUUUAAAAAUGCAUCCAAAUAUAACGUAAGUUUUAGACGGC